CAGCCGCGCAUCGUUACCUUCAAGACAUUGAAGGAUAAUGGAGCGGAAGAGUUUCGAGGAGACAAGAUGGGGGAGCCCCAGAUUGCGUUGGAUUGGCUUGAGCAGAUGGACCGGGUACUCAAGAAUUUGAGAGUCCCAGAUGCUGAUCGCUCGGAGUUGGCGUCACAGAUGUUCCGGAAGGGAGCAUAUGAUUGGUGGAAGCGCAUUGACCAGGAUCCACACACGCCCAAGCCAUGGACCUGGGAUCGCUUUGAUCGAGCUUUCACGAAGGAGUACGUCCCCACCCGGUACCGCGAGGAGAGGCGCGAUGAGUUCGUUGCGCUUAAGCAGGAGGGGAUGUCACUGCCUGAACUGAGACAGAAGUUCGACUACCUGUCCCAGUAUGCGACGAGUCUGGUCUCCACUCCGGAGGAUCAUUUGAAUGAGUUCGUCAAGAAGCUACGGCCGGACUUGAGGCCGUACGUCGCGCUGAUCACGACGACAGAUUUUAAUGCGGCGUAUGAUUUGAUUGUGAAGACGGAAAAGAGCUUGGACGAUUUGCAGGCAACCAAGAAGGAGGAUCGAGCGACGAAAGACCCGCGACCAGCACCGGGUCGAGCGGGAAGAGUUUUGGAUUCGGGGGAAAGAGGGCAUUUCAGGAGGCAUUGCCCGACAAACCCUAGCAGCGAGCCUAUUUUUCCUAGAGCUCCGGAUCAGCCUGCCACAUCGCAUCCAGCACGGAGUCAGCAGUCUAGAGCCGCAAAUAAUCAGCAGAGACCACGUCUGCAGCAGUCAGGCCGUGCACCAGCGCGUACCUACGCCAUGCAGGGGCGCACAGAUCCUAGUCCCGAUGUUAUCUUGGGUACGUUCAUACUAUUUGAUUCGGUUAUGCAUGCCUUGAUCGAUCCGGGUUCCAUGCUCUCCUAUAUCUGUGUUGGCAUGCAUGCUAAUUCUGCGAUCGUGAGGAGUGACCUUGAGAUACCUACCGUUGUAUCGAAUCCGCUAGGGAAGCAAUUCCCUGCAGAUUUGAUAGAGCUACCACACAAGGAGUUUGAUAUUAUCCUUGGUAUGGAUUGGCUCACCGAGCAUAGAGCAGUAGUCGACUGCAGUUGCCGGACCGUACGGCUGAGAGCCGAGGACAGGAGCGACGUAUCACUCUCCGGGGAGGUGUUCCCCAAGGCUCCCGAGUUCAUAUCGUCCAUGAGCGCGAGGCGCUGGAGUCGCAAGAAGUGCGAGAUGUUCCUGUGUCACGUUCAGGAUAUGCGAAAAGAAUCGCCACGUCAGCAGGACAUUCGUACGGUUUGCGACUUCCCCGAUGUCUUUCCCGAAGACCUUCCUGUCUCAACUAUGGCCGGAGGAAAGUCGAAGAGUAAGGCUUCCAAGAAGAAGGGCCAUGCUGAAGCCUCAAGCUCUCCGCCUCAACCCUUUCCGUACUUUGAUGGAUCCUUUCUCGAGUUCGGGUCGGAAGAGGAACUCAACCGGUUCCUCACACACUUUGCCAAGCGCCCAAUCUCUCCGCACAGGGUGUUGCCCAAGUUGUACCCUCAACAAAAGGGGUAUCACGAGCUCGACAACCAACUUCAAGCGUCGGGUUUGUGGCCCUUCGUCUCCAAGAGCCGCACGACCUUCAAUCCAGCCUUCGUCCAGGCAUUCUACUCAAAUCUCUGCCAUGACGGAGACACUAUCUACAGUAGCAUCAAUCUCUACGACAUAGAGAUUGAUUUGCCUACCUUUGCACGGAUCGCAGGGCUGCCCAUUCGCGGAGACGACAUCGCCACGUACGGGGGAGACGAUUGGAUCCUUAACAACGAGGCGGUCGUCAUUCGAGAGCUUGGGAUCACCAACCUCAUCCUCCAUAGCGGCGCACCGACAAUCCACUCGGCCCCGCUGGAGAAGCGUCUUCUACUCUACAUCCUCACCCGGAUUCUCUACCCCCGGGACGGCAGUCACACCUCGCCCUUCAACAAGGAUUUGAAGGCGAUUCAUGCAUUAAUCCAUGGCGUCUCCAUCAAUUGGGCAAAAUUCGUCAUAAUACACAUGGCGGAUUGCGCUUCCCUCGUACGAAAACGUGACAAGCCCGUGUUUCAACAUGAAGAUUAAACGGCUAUCUUCUACCGUUCCUCCAAGGAUUUCAAAGGCUAUCCUUGAACCUUUACCCAAGGAUUUAUACGGCUAUCCUUAACCAUU